AUUCAUAUAUACACAUACACACGUUGCGACUACGUGCUUCAGUUCCGUUCAGUUCUAUUGGCAUUGAUAUCUUUUGGCGGGGCGUGUUGGUGAACGGUUAGUGUCCCCUCCCAGGAAUAUAAGCGCAAAUACAAAAUAGUCGCAGUCGCCGCAGGUAGCAGCGAAAUCAAUUUAGCAACGGUUAAGGGUGCUGGGCACCAAACAACAGGCGAAUCGUCGUCCAUACACCUGUCCUUCUGCCCACUACACAUGAAAAUGGCGCAUACCACGGCGACAAAUCAAACGAGCGGCGCUGUUAAGACUGAUGAAGUCAACUUUUUCUUUCAGGAUGAGCACGGACAAAUUGCCAAAGUGUUGAAGCCAGUUGUAGUGAAGCAGGCACACUCCAUGGAUAAGUCAAGUCUGGUCUUUCCAAGCAGCUCCACACGCAACGGGGGAAGCGGAAGUGGCGGCAUCGGCAAUGUAGGUCGAGUUGGCGCCCUAAGUCACAUGAGCACAACGAAUCAGGGACAAUUUAUACGUAUUCAAGACAAUUGUAUAACUAUUCCAAAAACCGAAAUUACUUCAUAUACACCUGUGUCAGCGCAAAAAACCAGCAGUGCUGGAAGUGCGGGAGGCAGCAUGCACGAUAUUAAGAAUGAGCGAUAUGUCAAAUUCACGCCAAAUAACGUCAUGAAAAUGAAAUCGAAAUUGCACGUCAUUCAGAACAGUCCCAUGCACACAGCGCCCGCCUCUUCCUCGUCAGCGCAAAGGAAACGAAAACCAGAUAAAGCUGGCAAGGGACUGCGUCACUUCUCGAUGAAGGUGUGCGAGAAGGUGCAGGAGAAGGGCAAGACGACAUAUAAUGAGGUGGCGGACGAUUUGGUUGCUGAGGAAAUGAAGAACAAUUCAUACGAUAAUAACUGUGAUCAAAAGAAUAUCCGGCGGCGUGUGUACGAUGCGCUUAACGUACUGAUGGCAAUCAAUGUUAUUUCUAAGGACAAAAAAGAAAUCCGUUGGAUCGGCUUACCUGCCAACUCAGCCGAGCAAUUUAAUGCCUUGGAAGAGCAAAACAUGUUGUGCCGCGAGCGAAUCAAGCAAAAGAAUGAAAUGUUGCGGGAAAUGGUCAUGCAACAUGUGGCAUUCAAGGGUCUUGUCGAGCGGAACAAGCGGGCUGAAAGCCAGGGCGUGGUGCCAUCUCCAAACUCAUCCAUUCAACUGCCGUUCAUCAUUGUGAAUACGCACAAAUCGACAAAAAUCAAUUGCAGUGUAACCAACGACAAAUCCGAAUACAUAUUUAAGUUCGAUAACACAUUCGAAAUGCACGACGACAUUGAGGUCUUGAAACGCAUGGGCCUCCUUGCGGGCUUGGAUACAGGUGAAUGCACGGACGAGAAUAUAGAACGUGUCAAGUCAUGGGUCCCACCAAAUCUGGCCAAAUAUGUGGAAGCCUAUGGCACUGGCAAAAUGGAUCCGAUGUACGAUUCGGAUGACCAUGACGACUUCAAUCCGUACCUCGAAUCAACCAAUGAGUCUCAGGGCAUUGCACAACACACACAGCAUACCACCGAUGUCGAGUUCAAGGAGGAGCUGGACGAUGAUGAGCUGGAGGAUGACAUCGAUUGAGGUGACGACGAUGCGGACGCGGAUGCGGAUGUGGAUGUGAACGUGUCAUGGGCGAUGGGCUCCACUGCGCAAGCUGCUGAUGAUAUUGGCAAUGGCUAUGCGGAGGAUAUGUUUAGUUUUACGUUCAUUAACGCUUUGUUAGGACUGCCACGCCCCACUGGCUAGGCUUUCCAUUUCUCACACUUGUCUUGCUACACAAAUACACACACUUACACAACAAAAGCACACACACACACACACAAUCCAUAGAGAAGCGUUAAUUCGCUUUUAUUUCGUUUAAUU